UUUCUUUGUUCUUGUUGCAGUUCUGUUGCACGUUACGUAAGGAUGAUUUGCCUUCUUGUGCUGACUUUCGCUUACGGUGCUCUAAGCGCCCCAACAGGUGCACCGGACAUGGCGACAACUUUCAAGCAAGCCUUCAGCAGAAUCGAUAGUGAUGGAAGCGGCACUGCUGAUGUUUCAGAAUUUCUGAAAGUUUUUGACCAUUAUGAUCUCAACCAUGAUGGCAAGAUGACAAUGGCAGAAUACAUAGCUGGUACUAACGCACCGAAAUCCGUUGCCCAAGCGGUUUUCAAGAAUAUUGACUCCGACCACGACGGUUUCGUGCUGAGGACCGAUGUAAACAACGUCAUCCCCGCGUUCGACACCGACGGCGAUGGCGAGGUCAGCCUCGCGGAAUUCGUCAACGUGUACACGAAGAUUUUCGCCUCGCUACCAAACCCUCCUGUUGGUAAAUAAAAACUAUGAGCAA